AUGCGCCCGCCGGCCCCGUCCGCGAUGGGGCUGCUGCUGCUGCUGCUGCUGCUGCCGCCGCCGCCGCCGCCUGGUGAGGCCGCCAAGAAGGCGACGCCCUGCAAGCGCUGCCGGGAGCUGGUGCACAAGUUCAACCAGGGAAUGGUGGACACUGCGAAGAAGAACUUUGGCGGCGGGAACACGGCUUGGGAGGAAAAGUCGCUGUCCAAGUAUGAAUUCAGUGAGGUCCGCCUUCUGGAGAUCACCGAGAGCCUGUGCGGGAGCAGCGACUUCGAGUGCCACAGUCUGCUGGAGGAGCACGAGGAGCACCUGGAGGCCUGGUGGCUGCAGCUGAAGAAGGAGUAUCCCGACUUAUUUGAAUGGUUUUGUGUGAAAACGCUGAAAGUUUGCUGUUCACCGGGAACGUAUGGGCCAGACUGCCUCGCGUGCCAGGGCGGGUCCGAGAGGCCCUGCAGCGGGAACGGGCACUGCAGCGGGGACGGCAGCAGGCAGGGGGAUGGGUCCUGCCAGUGCCACCUCGGCUACCAGGGGGCCACGUGCACCGACUGCGUGGACGGCUACUUCAGCUCACUGAGGAACGAGACGCACAGCGUGUGCACAGCUUGUGAUGAGUCGUGUAAGACGUGCACAGGCCCCACCAGCAGAGACUGCGGCCAGUGCGCAGUGGGCUGGCUGCAGGAAGACGGCGCCUGCGUGGAUGUGGACGAGUGUGCGGCAGAGACGCCUCCCUGCAGCGACCAGCAGUACUGUGAGAAUGUCAACGGCUCGUUCAUGUGCGAAGAAUGUGAUUCGACCUGUGUGGGCUGCACAGGGAAGGGUCCGGGACACUGUAAAGAGUGCAUCCCUGGCUACACCAAAGAAGGCGGCCAGUGUGCAGACAUAGAUGAGUGUGCGGGUGCAGAGAAGGUGUGCAUGCGCCAGGACGAGAACUGUUACAACACUCCCGGGAGCUACGUGUGCGUGUGUCCUGAGGGCUUCGAAGACACGGAAGACGCGUGUGUGCGGACGCAGACCCCGGGCGGCGUUGUGGGGGCUCGGGACCCCCCCAUCGGGACGUUUGCGCCGCGUGCGCUGCCCCCAUCCCCGCAGAAACCUGGCUGCCACACCCUCAGCGCCUCGUGCUGGGAUUUUACCUGA